CCGGAUUCAUUGCUCUCGAGUGUAGUACAUGACCUACCAACAUAGUGUUAAGUAAGGUCACCGCUUUAAGUACCUAUAUAUUUAUUUUGCGUUAAUAUGUAAACGAAAGUAGCUCUCAGGUUGCUAGAUAUAUUUCAAAGUAUAAUUUGAGUUGGUUGUAUUUGAUAUAAAUUUCUAGUGUUCUAGGAACUGAUAAAUAAUUUAAAUCAAAUUAGGAGAAUUCCAAUUUUCAGAGCUACCUAUAUGGGAAAGGGGAUGGGGCACGUAAAUAACUUGCAAGUUAUUAUUAUAGACAAAAUUACACAUAAAGAGUAAGAAAAAAACAAGGACUAGGUUUGCAUUGGCUUUAUAUUUCUUUGCGAUGACCGUUAUAAUAAUACUGUUACAUGGGUAAACAAAUAGUAAUAAGUUUAUUCUAAUAAUAAUAUUUCCCAUUAAUAUGUAGUUAAAUAUCUUAAAUAUUGUUAUUAAUUUAUAUUAUGUGUUGAUAAAUUGACAUUUACAUUCUUGACCUCAUCAGCUAUAUGGGCUCAAAACUGCAAAUCAGUGAUUUAUGGUCCGUACUCACAUAAGGUAUUUAUUACUCGAUAGCUUUACUUUAAAGCGCAUAAAAAUCCUACGAACUAGCGUUUGAAUUGUGAGUUUUGAGGUCCAUAUGUUGAUUUUUACUCGCCUUAGGGUGUUACCACACCAUCGAUCGUCGAUCGAUGCAAUCAUCCAGGUAGUAGCGAUUAAUGAUCUUGUACUGGAUGACCUAUAUUUCAUGAAUUUGAUAGAGUUGAGUCUCCUGAUUUAGACCAAAGAGAUACCCAAGUAGAUCUUGACUUAAAGAAUCAUCCUUCAACAUCUGAAUUGGCGAAAUCACCAGAACCACAUCUAAAUAAAAGGUUACUACGCAAACCAAAACAUUUUGACGUUUCUUCCGACGAAGAUGACUUGCCUUUGAGUGAAUUGAAAGGUGCGAAGAACACAGCAGAUGAAAAUGAAGAGGAUGGAAACCUGUGCACUAUUUGCAAAUGUGGCUACCGUCAUUUUCAACUGAAGAGCGAUUGGAUCUGCUGUAAAACCUGUUUGAAGUGGACCUGUUAUCAUUGCAAUGGAGGGACCAACAAAAAGCUAUAUGGAUGCCAACGAUUUGAAGAUACAGACUGAUAUAUUUAAGAUUGUUUUAAUAUUUAAUCAUAAUUAUGUUGAUUUUAUUGUAAGAAUGUAAAGUUGUUAAUAUCCUGACUGAUUUUCUGUACACAUAGUACAACAAUUCCUAUUAAUAUUGUAAGAAUAUUAAUACAAAUAAAUGUCUGAUUCACUUUAACUGAUUAUUGGUUUUAUUCUAUAAAUAAGUCUAUAAUAUAUGAAAAACUAUGUUUAUUUUUAAUAUUAUUUUAAAGGUGUCAAAGAAACCUGCACUACAGUUAUCAUUGAAUUUCAGGCAAAUCUAAUGAUGUGUAAAAGUAACCCCAUUCUCGAGGUUGCUUUGGCACCUGUUAAAAAAAACAAUUUGGGUUCUAAGACUGCUAUAUAGUACACAUCUCAAAGCGCAGAAUUUAUCUGCUUCUUUUAUUGAUUGUUCUGAUGAGGUACAAAAAGCUUGAAUUGCGAGAAUAUUUUUCAUGUAAUGUAGAAAAACUUCUAAAACUAUGUCUAAGCAGCCCCGGCUUACGGUAUUUGCGUACAUUUUUGUUCUUAUGUAUAGAUUUAAAGCUACGUAAGUACUAGUUACAUCAAAAUUUAAACAAAAGGUACAUAAUUACCUACUUUGUGAUACAAGGUUGUGAUGCAAACAUAAUUUGUACAUCAGUUCUCUUCUACCUAGCCGCUAGUUUAGUCCUUUAUUGUUAAUGUUGUGUACAAAAACUAAGUACAAAAAAUUCGUAUGAUUAAGUUCAAGUUUCAUUUUUCAUUCAUUCAUAAGUGAACCAGAUUAGAAAAUAGGUUCGAACCUAUCUUUAAUUAUUUUGACUUCAGCAGGUUUUGUUUUCUUAAAAAUAAAUGCCACAAACAACUAAGAUGAUUGGUACAAAGUUGCUGUGUUUCAUGACAAUAUUCAAAUGUGCAUAUACUCAAAUUCCUACUGCGAAUAAACAGGAGUCUGAUUUGAGUAUUAUCGAAAACGAAUUUGACAAUAGUAACAUAGCAAAUGGUCAAUAUAAGUUUCGCUAUGUCAACUCUGAUGGCACAGAGAGACAAGAGAGCGGAGGAUUCGACAAUGAUGGGAAUUAUGUCAUAACCGGCUCUUACUCUUACAUUGACGAGUCUGGUAAACCUUAUGUUGUCCAUUACUCUGCUGACAAAGAUGGCUAUCAUCCACUUCCGGCGACAGAGGGUGUUGUAGUCAUUAGUGCUCCGCCUGGUAUAGUAGCGUCAUUACUUGGUUGAGACUGCAUCGUCGAAAUAUGAAACGGAAACUAAUGGAAACCCUAAUGAAGCUUACCUAUACACACUCAAUCAAUGUUAUAACCUAUGUUCGACAUAUACAUACUAUAAGUAAUUCAAUAAAUAAUAAUUUUAUUAUGAAGCCUUUCACUUCGAUACAACGCUAUAAAAUAUUAAAAUAACACUUUCUAAAUUAUUAUUACAAUACCAAUCAUGAUUCUAAGCUGAGGCCUAAGCCAAAAUUUUUGAGAGCUCCUUAAAGUUUCUUUGUGUUUUUUAUUGUUUGGUUUUAGUUCUGGAUUUUUUAUGUUCUAGUUUAUCAUAGAUUAAUCUUUCUUUAUUUUAAUUUUUUUAAUUCAUUUCACUUGUUUUAAGGCUUAAGAUAAUACAACCAUUCAGCCUAUGUUGUUAUUUUUGUUUGUAAUGCUAAUUGGUUAUUUUACUGUUCUGUUUAUUAUUCUGUUAUUAUUAUAUUUAAAAAAAAAUGUCUCUUCAACCUAAGGCCAGAAUUAUAAUUAUUAUUAUUAGUGCUGCAGCAGCCCUGGUGUUACUGUAGUAUUAAGUUGAGGCAGGGACUUAGUUGGCCUGUUUUGCUUUGUUCUAUUUUUGUAAAUAUGUCUUUAAGGUCAAUAAAAUUUCUUACAUUCUUUCUUCUGUCUAAAGUAUCCUAAUUGUCAAAUUUUGCAUAGAAAAAGCUAGUUUGUUCUUACGUCCUGUAGGGACGCUGAUUAGUUUUCAUAGAACCUUUGACGGUGCGAUACGUUACAGAGCUGUCAAAAACUCGUGCUUGGGCCUCUGAGCCUUGACUCUGCUUGUUGUUGCACAUACUUACAUAUGUACAAAAUCGUGUCUAAUCUACAGAAUUUUACAAACGUCCUGUUAGAAGAUCUUUAUCAUUAUUAUGAUAAUAAGCAAAUGUUUUCCUUUUUAAACAAAACUGUGCUCAAAAGGGGUCUUUACUUUUUACUUAUGAACCCCUUUGAGAGAUUUUUGCAUAAUUGAAUUUAACAUGGAGAACUAGUUGAAUAAAAAGAACAUUGCAUACACUACCGUAUGUUCAAAUUUAAGUGGUCGAAUUUCAGCCAAUAGACGACUGCUCCUUUAAUCUGGCCAUGAGAAAUUUAGCAAAUUAACUAGAGAGCUAUCGAAAGUUUAUUAAAGCUCACUCUAUAAAUAUCCACAGUACCAACUUAUUGACUAAUCCUAGUAAACAUAAUUUGCAUAUGUUGCAUAGCGAUAUUGCAUAGCUAUCAUAGGCAAACUUUAAAAGAUGCGCCGAUAUAAGUAACUUGCAGUGAUUCUAUCUUAUUUUUAACCUUGGCACCUACACUGGCCUGCAAAACAAAGUAACACAAUCUUUACAUUUUUUAGUUCUUCUAAGCUUAGGAAGUUAGAGAUUUAAAAUAGAAACGUUUUAUAGCAAAUUUUAACAGCUUUCUUCGAAACUGUAGUACAAAAUUAAACCCUUUAUCGAGUCCUUUUUAUUUCGAAAGUAUAUCUUGUGUACUACUUAAACAGUUAUUGCAAUUUCAAAAGUGUGAUACUUAGUUUUGCAGGCCAGUGUACAAGUAUGUCCUUAGCUCAAGAGCUUUAUAAGUUCAGUACCCAAUAUUACAUAAUUCUAAAUAACCGUACGUGUUGAUUAAUAGUUUGUGCAGUUUUCUUUGAUUUUUUGCUAUUCUGCGCUAUAGGAAAAUUCAGAGUGAAAACCUUAUUGUAUAAUGCGAUUCAAAUAAGAACAGGAAACCCAAUGACCUCCAUCUGUCAAAUGUCGCUUGAAAAGUACGGUUUGCAAAAAAAUCUCGGAACACUUGCUGAUUCUAGAAUAAAAACCAAACAUUUUUAAACAAACAAUAUCAAAUGUUGGUAAUUAAUAUUAGUUGUUUUUUUUAUUUAUUGAGCUUGGCUAUGAAUGGUUGAUAACCUAAAUCGUCAACCAAAUGUCACUUUAUGUUGCGUUCAAAAACUCGAUUUAAAACUUUCGUUUA